AUGAGGUCCCUCGUAGUUGUUAUACUGUUGGCGGUCUUAAAAUACGGAUCCGCAUUACUCUGCUAUGAAUGCAACAGCGCGAUUAAUUCUAUGUGCUCGGAAGCUGUACUGCCAGACAGUUUGAAACGAAACUGCAGCGACCACGACCGAGGAGUUACACACACAUUAUGCAGGAAGAUUGUACAACAUGUGGACCACGACAUCAACGGACAUCAGGUAGUGAGCAGGGUCAUUAGAAGCUGUGGCUGGGAUGAGACUAAAUAUAAAGUGACCGCAAGCCAAAUGCAAGAGUAUGGUAGCGGCAUUGCAAAUAAGGGAGAAAGUCGCGAUGCCACGGACGGCCACUGUCAGGACGGCUUUCAUAUACCACACCACUACCCUGUGAUACAGAAGGGCUAUGGUGUUCCAAACAAAGAAUUAUCAGAUCAGAAAGUAACGACGUAUAGUAGAGGUAUAACGAGUUACUGUGAAGCGUCUACGAGUCAACAGUAUCAUAAUUCUAGAUAUACCAAUCCCUUGGCCCCUACUUUUAGUUCACCUCCAAACUCACCACUGGUUGGACUAGUAUUUGAUCCAACAUCCUCCAGCUACUCCAGUACUGGAAUGAUGGCUGAACGACUUAAUUCGGAUCGGCGCACGCAAAAUACUUGGUCCAUGUCACACCAGGAACCAAUUGGUACGGGGGCGAAGAAGAAAAUCGUCAAAAGUCACGACAAAAGGAACGCAUAUAACGCAGAUCCUCGCUACCAAGAAAGAUUCAAAGAUAACAGUACAGAAACGGAUCGCCAUAGAAAUGUAGAUAGGAACUUAGCUUCGGAUUCUACAUCUAGUUUAGAUUUUUUUGCUGAAGGAGAAAAAAUGGUCUCGGAACUUUGUAAUAUAUCUGACUCUCAAACUAGAAAUGAAGGGAAUAGUUUAAAACCAAAUCAAAAAGGAUCUAUUAAAGACGAUGAUAAAAACAAGGCUUCAGGGUCUUCAGAUAUAUUGCUCACGGCUUUGGAUAAAAUAAUUAUUCACGAUCAGAUUCCUAAUCAAAUUGUGCAACUGGCUAUAGAAGCUUGCACUGACGCGGAAAAUAUAGCAAUCGCCCACCAUAACAGACCAUGCUUUAAAAAUAUUCAUUCGAUUUGUGCCAAGACGAGAUCCAACGUGCAGAAACCAGAUAGUGCUGUAGCCAAUUUGCAUUCCCAAGGGAUUCCUUGGGUGAUAAAGAAUUUCAUAUUUUCCUUUGUUAGAAUUCUCGAUGGAUGGAAGGGUGUGAAAGAAUUGUUAAGUGAAAAACAUGACACUUUUUCUAGAAUCGAAAACAAAUAUUACAGCCAAAACAUAAGAGAGUGUUUUGUUCAAUGGCAAGCUGUUACAAAAGAAAUGUUAACUCAUAUUUACAAAACGUUUAAAUGUCUCGAUCACGGCUUUACAAUGGAACAAAAAAGUUUUACGCAUAAUUAUUACGCCACGAAUUCAGCCGCGCCUAGACACCAAAACCAGAAUAAAUUCCAAACCACAAAGGCUCAUGUCAGUACCCCACGACCUGUCAGCGCAUCGCCACAAGCGUACAACGUAAUGCAGCCGCCGUGGGCUCAAAGUCAAACCCCAGCGGGACAACAAACCUACAAUGACAAUUCAUGGCCAUCUCGAUCCAAUGUGACAUACAAAAAAUUUCCUAUAGUCCACCCUCCAAAUCAACAGAACUUUUAUCCUCUCAAUGAUCAAGUCGAUAUGGAUAAUUAUCAGAAAUCUCAAUACAAAUGCGAUCCAUGCCUCCGUGAAACAAAACCCCGGCAAUCCUGGACCAUUACGAAUGUGCCAGAUUUUCGUACAUUGGAACGAAUGUGCCUGGCCGAUCAAAAAGACUUGUAUACACAAUUAAAACAUAAAAUGGAUGCAGAACUCGGCAAAUCACCUGAACAGCCAAUCUUAAGUAGUAUACCUUCUGAAAUAUUACAAAGAAGAGAAAUGGAACUUAAGGCUAAAAUGAUUCCUUUGAGCCACGUUGAAAAAAGUUUGAUACCGAGCAUGUCAUCAUCGACUGAACUAAGAAGCUGCUACGUACCAAAGAACAAUAGCUGUGGCGAUACCAAGGAAGAGGCUGAUUUUUUUGCGGCGUGGGGUCAGAUGGUCCAAAAAGAACCUAGUGAAUUUUUGACUCAUCACACUCAUAACAUUCAAGUACCGUCUAAUGUUAUGACGAUCUCGAAUAAUAUUUCUGGCCCCGUGCAAUUUAUUGAUCCUGAAAAUGAUGAGUUUAAUGAAAUAUCCAAAGUAUAUAUGAAACCUGGCAGUUACAAAGUGCCAAUAAAACCCUCGGAACCAACGUCAUCUCCUUUCUUGCAAAGUUCGACGCAGGAUAUAAUUUACGAAAAUCCUGUUGAGGAGAUGUCUAAUAUGAAGAUGAAGGUGCCAUUUUCGCAAGUAACAUUGGCACCGCAACCAAAAUAUAAUUUAGAAUCGUGGCCCUGCUUGAUGCCAAGACGCGCAGACGAAGCUUACCAUGACGAUCAAAAGGUUUGUUCUCGGCCGACGCUCAAUUGUUUAGAUAUGCGUUCAGUUGAGUCUUUGGAUAUUUUAAGUUCUAUGAUGUCAGAUCGAGCUUGGGAAGCUGCGAAACAGUCCGCUCCCAAAUUAAUGGAUUUCAUAUAUGAAGGAGUUAAAUCCGAUACGGCUCGUCUUUACGACGCAUUGAGUUUAUGCGCCAAUGUAGAAUACUCCAGUGAUGUUAGAAAUUCACCUUCAGACAAAAAUGAUGUCUGGUCCCGAGAGACAAUUUACAAUAGCUUUAAUAACCUUAAUAAUGAAGAUUGCUCUCAAAACAAAUCAUUAGAUAACAUAAACACAACAGAUGCUACCGCUGAUGUACCUAAUGAUCAAAGACAAUCACCAGUUCAGGAACCAAUUGAAAAUAUCGAUGUAAAAUCGGAAGAAUCCGAGAAAAGUAACCGUUGUCCCAAUUACGACCAAACGGGACAUUAUAUAAGGAAUGAAAAUCAAAAGAAAUGUAGUGGCAAGUCAAAAGUUGCUGUGUCAGGGAUGUGGUAUCACCCGAAAAAGAAGAAACCCUUGUCCGCCUCGAUCGUUAAGAGAUUUGAAGAUAUAUUAACACAAUUAUCUCAUUUCAACGAAGCUAAUUUUAUACAGCUUGAUAUGGAUAUAAAAGUGGCUCCGAGAUUUUAUGAAGUCGUGAAGUAUCCUAUGUGUCUUAACGAUAUAUCUACAAAACUUAAAAAUUCUUCCUACACCGAAUACGAACAGGUUGUUCAAGAUUUUAGACGCAUUUUUAACAAUGUAAGACUUUACCUUAAGAACUAUCCGGAUGCUACAAUGAAAAAGAAUCUCAACAAGGUGUCGUCGGAAUUCGAGAAAAUUUUAAAUGAAGCUUUCCAGAAUAAUAAGGACGGGGGAAGAAACAAAUCCAUUGAUAAUACAGAAAAUAAAGAUUUGAAUAGUAAGAGAAAUGAGAAGGACAACGAGAAACACAAAGCUGACUCAAAGAAAGGAGAAAUCAUUGUAGAUUAUAAGACGAGUGACGACGGGAACGAUUAG